AAAGUAUGUAUCUCCAGAAUGGAAUCUGCAGACCGCCGACGUCGACGGCGGUGACUGUCAGUAGGCCGGCGUCAUGUCUGCUAUUAUUCGACGAGCCAUCGGAGAAUCGGGCUCAGUCGCGUGAUAAACGUGGAACAUCCAGUGCAUAUGCUGCUAUCAAUGUGUCAAGUUGGAAGAAGACUCAAGUUAAUAAUUCAGCAAGGAAACCGAAAAUGAGUUUGCGCUGGAUUCACGAGAAUCUAGAACCACCAACAUGCGACGAGGAGUGCAGCGAUAUCGAUGAUAGUUGCAGCGAUGAUAGUUAUGACACGGAACUAUCUCUUCAGGAAGACGAUGACGUAAUGGAAAAUGGGAAAAAAAUCGCUCGCGAUAUCCGGAAGAAGAGGGAAACUAAAAGACCUCCGACCACGACCGUCACCUUUGACGGGAACGGAACGCCGCGUAACGUCGAACGCAAUUCCAAACCACGCAAAUAUACGCCAUACGUAAUAUGGGAUCCCCGACAGCCAGCGAAAAAUCCUGUCUAUAAUUGUCGGAUAAUAAAACUGUACUGCCGAACAGGGUAUCAUCUGGCAAUUACACCGUCCGGACGAAUCCGAGGAUUAUCCGGCAACAAAGAGUCGCACGCUCUGCUUCACGUGACGCCGGUAUCUUUCGGCGUUAUUAGAAUACAAAGUAUCGAAACGGGGCUUUAUUUGGCAUUUAAUAAAAAAGGACGAUUAUAUGGAGAGAUAAAUAUGACUAACGAUAAUACCGAAUGGGAACAAUGGAGUAUAGGUUCCUACGAUGCAUUUCGAUCGCGCAAAUACGUGCAUUAUGGAUGGUGGAUAGGGAUAAAGAAGAAUGGACGAGCAAAGCCAGGCCCGAAAACAUCUUGGGGGCAAAAAGCAAUACAAUUUUCGGCUAUCCAAGAGGACUAAUCGAGAAUUAAUCGGAAAGUUUUAGCACAUAGGCAUGCUUCUUAUAUUUUAUUCAUUAUAAACUUAUUGUUCGGAAAAGGAACCCAGGACAAUGAUAAAUGAGUGUUUUAUGAGAAAAAAAAAUGAUGCCGCUUGAUAAAAAAUUCAUUCGAUCGAGGCACUGAUCGAAUAGCAACACGUUCCAAUAGAAUAUAAUGUUUAUUAUAACACUGUUUUACUCAACAAUGGGAUAAUUUAGGAUUGUGCAUUCUGCUUGUGCCCUCAAACUGAAACUCUAUCGCAAGUUGCAGUUUUUCAUUUGCGGUAAAUAUAUAUUUAUUAUUAUGCGUCAAUCGUGUCGAUUCGAUACGCUUACAAGCAAGAUGACUGCACGUAUGUGUCAUCUUUAAAAAUCAACUCGUUCCGUCAUAAAUAGCAAACUUUAAACUAGCUCGCAUCUUGCUCGUAACGUAUACUAUAUAUGUAGCAUAUUAAUUUUUCAUAUGUCAUCAAUUAUAGCGUAUUCUAAUUGUAUAUAAUUAUCUCUUUUGUACAUCUACAUACAAUGCAUAUAUAAUAAAUAUGUCAAAAUUUCGAAGCAAGAGUUUGUAUUAAAACAAGAGGUAUUUCGACGAAAUGUAUACGUGGCUCCAAAUUUCUUGAUACUUAGUUUCGCAAAUGUAAAGUGCGCAUAUCGGAUAAACUGCUGAAAAUGUAUAUAAAUGCAAAGAGCAAAUGUAUGAACGAAAUACAUUAGUUGUAUAUAAAAUUGAUUAAAUGAAAUUAACAGCGCAUAUAUUAUAUAUAAAUAACAAUAAAAAAUAUAAUUGUCAAAUUAUUUAAAAACUUUUUUACUUGAUUUUAUAUAUUAUUUACUUCAGACAAUAAAUUAUAACAAACAUAUUAUUAAUAUUAUAUAAUGCAUUAUAUAUGUCUCAGCUAAAUUAAUUAAUCCUAAAUAAAAAAAUUGAAAAUUUUGGAAAUUAAAAUUAAAAAUUGAAAUUUUUUUUAUAUUGUAUAUAAAAUAAUUACUUAGCAGGUUUCUUUAAAAGUUUGCACAGCAUUUAUGUUUUGUAAAAAUUAUAGAAAUGCAAGACUCUUUGGUGCAUACGAUU